AAUAAUUAAUAACAUAUCAAGUAAGCAACGAAAUGAUGAAGAAUCUCCGGUCAGCCAUUAAUGUUGUGGUUUUAUCACUUGUACUCAUCUCCACGGAAUCAUCUCCGACUGUCUGCAUUAUUGGCAGCGGAAUCGGCGGCUCCUCCGUGGCGCACUUCCUGCGGACCUAUUCAAACUCCGAAAUCGGCACAAUCAGAAUCUUCGAGCGGCACGAAGCUGUCGGAGGGCGCAUGGCAACGGUGACUAUUUCCGGCGAGACAUUCGAGGCCGGUGCCUCCAUUCUUCACCCCAAGAACUACCACGCUUUGAAUUACACUAAAUAUCUAAAUCUCUCCGUCCGACCUUCUGAAUCUGAUUCCUCAUUUGGCAUUUGGGAUGGACGCGAGUUCGUUUUCAAAACCUUCACCUCCCAAUCGAAGCUCCCUAUAUUCCAAAGCAUUGUGUCCUUCGCCAAUUCCAUCUUGUUUUUCUUUCGCUAUGGCUUCUCUCUGUUUCGCAUGAACACCUUCGUUGAGGGCACCGUGGACAGUUUCUUGAAGUAUUAUAAAAGUUUUGAGUCGCGGCCAGUAUUUGAGACUGUGGAAGAGAUGCUUAAAUGGUCCGGGCUUUACAAUAUGACGAAACAAACAUUGCAGGAGGAGUUACUAGAUGCUGGUUUGUCUCCUCGACUCAUUCAAGAACUUGUCAUGGUUAUCACAAGAAUCAAUUAUGGGCAAAGUGUCAGCAUCAGUGGACUUGCCGGUGCUGUAUCUUUGGCUGGAAGCACAAAAGGCUUAUGGUCAGUUGAAGGAGGGAAUCAGCAAAUGGCUGCUGGAUUGAUCAAUCAUUCAGAUGUCAAAUUGCACCUUAAUGAAGAAGUAAAGUCAGUUUCUUUCCUGGGGGGAAAUUAUCAACUCAAUACCUCGAAAGGAAAGAUUUACCCAUGUGGAAUAACAGUGGUUGGCACACCUUUAGAUGAGCUGAAAAUUCACUUUCUUCCAGAAAUUUCAAUACCUGAGAGGAAAUUACAGCACACAUAUACAACUUUUGUUAGAGGUCUAUUAAAUCCUGCUUAUUUUGCGUUAGGUUCCAUAUCAGAUAUUCCAAAACUGGUGGGCACUGUCGAGACACCUGACGUUCCUUUUUCAAGCAUCUCAGUUAUUAAGAAGCACAAGGACAAUGAUAUGACAUACAAGGUGUUUUCUCGAAGAUCUCUUGAUGAUGCUUUAUUAGAUCAGAUCUUCAGUGUCAGAAAUGAGACAGUCCGGAUAGACUGGGCUGCAUACCCGCACUAUCAUGCUCCUGAGGUAUUUGCACCCUUUAUCUUGGAUGGUCAGCACUUGUACUAUGUGAAUGCUUUUGAAAAUGCAGCUAGCACCAUGGAAACUAGUGCUGUUGCUGGUGAAAAUAUCGCAAGGCUGAUUCUUUCGAGACUUACUGGCCGAAAACACUUGAGUUCAGCGAAAUUGGAAAGCUUUGGUGAUGAUGCAUAUGAUGUGCAUGCAGACUUGAGCAAGUCUUUAUUAUGAGGACAUUAAGCAGUGUUUGGAGCAAGGAAAGCCAAUCGAAGGUGAACGCGUGUGAAAGGAGAAG